AUGGUUUGCAUCAGGCGGGCGACGAUGGACGACCUGGUGGGGAUGCAGCACUGCAACCUGCUGUGCCUCCCCGAGAACUACCAGCUCAAGUACUACUACUACCACCUCCUCUCCUGGCCCCAGCUGCUGUUCGUCGCGCAGGACUUCGACGGCUCCAUCGUCGGCUACGUCCUCGCGAAGAUGGAGGAGGACGCCGAGGUGCCGCACGGCCACAUCACCUCCCUCGCCGUCGCGCGCUCCCACCGCAAACUCGGCCUCGCGUCCAGCCUCAUGAGCGCCGCGCACAGCGCGAUGGAGGAGAGCUUCGGCGCGCAGUACUGUUCGCUGCACGUGCGCGUGUCGAACACCGCCGCGCUGCACCUCUACGAGCAGACCCUGGGCUACCACCGGCACGGCGUCGAGGCCAAGUACUACGCGGACGGGGAGGACGCGCACGACAUGCGCAAGACGCUCACGCCCAAGGGACUCUGGAAGGACCGCCAGACGAACAAGCCCGCGCCGGCGGGCAAGGCGCGGCGGCGCUGA